AUGACUGCCGAUGACGACUCCUCUGACCUUUCAUCUUUGCCAUCGCUAUCGCCAGUGCCGUCGGAUGUUGAGCUGGACGACAAUAGCGAUGACGCGACGACCAAAUCCAAGUCGGGCAUCCUGAAGUUCUUCCCGAAGCUAUCAGAGCAGCCGCCCAAGGAGCCAUCGCCUCCACCACGUAAACGGUCACCGUCACCGCCACAUGAAUAUGUUCUUGCCGAUAAUCCUGAUAUUGCGGAGCUAGAACGCGAUGUCGUCGAGCCCAUUCCCGGCGACCGAGUAGAACACCUUUUAUGCGCAAUCCUGGGCUUGCUCUUGAACCGAAAGCAAGACGUAAAACUGGGGCAUUAUGGCAGAGCACUGGAAGAUGCGAUCACGUCGCACAAGAACCAGUGGCCUGCUUCCUGGGAAGACAAGAACCCGUUGUCAGGCGGUGCGACAUUUAACUCUAUGACACCCACUGAACGACUAACGCUGUUGCGCACCCUCAUCCUAUGGGCAAUGGCUUCCUCCGACACUGUUAAAGGUCUGAUUAAUUCAGCAUACAAACAAAAUCGUCAAGAAGACGAUAUGAAUCAGCCGAGAUCAGUACAACCUUGGGGAUCUGAUGGAGACAAGCGACGGUACUUCUUGGUCGAAGGACAGGACGACACGAAUUUUCGGAUAUAUCGCGAGAGCAAUCCGGCAGGCACAAACAGGUCUUGGUUCAGUGUUGCUGGCUCCAUUGAAGAACUGAAGGCUCUCGCCGAAAAACUUGAAACGAAAGAUGGUGGUCCAAAGGCGAAAAGGUUGAGCCAAAAGAUGCUGCAAGUCAUUCCUCGGUUUGAGGCUGGUGAGGAGAAACGAAAGCGCCGUGAAUAUCGCCAAAUGCGAAAGGAGCAGUUCAAACGGCCAGAACCAGGGUUCUCUAUGUACGAAGGCCGUACACGAGGCAAGCGAAUCAAGUACACAUACUCGGAUGACGAAGAUGGUUUCUUUUCCGACUCUACCGGCGCCAGGCGAUCAGCUCGCAAUACUGGGGCCAAUACCCCUGCGGAGACCGGGCCAGUAACGACGUCAAGUGGCAGACAAAUUCGGGCACCACCACGGCUCAACAUGGUGGCGGGCGAUAGUGCUCCUGGAAGUAUCCAAGGCGAAAAUUCCGAACUGGAACAUGACCAUUCAAUUGGUACGUCUGGACGAACCAGACGCCCUGCAGCAAAUCAGGACACAAAUAACUGGUCUGAGCGUAACUCUCAGGGCGAUGGUACCGACGAGGAGAGCGAGGCUGAAUUCGGAGAUGAUGAAGAGGACGCCCACGUGCCCGAAGAGUCUGAGGAUGAGGAUGACUUUGAUGAAGCAGAAGCCAUGGUCGAGGAUGAUCUUGAUGAUCAGCGCCAAACUUUGGUUGUGAAACUCUCCGUCACUACACCUAAGCUGAGAACAGUUCUAUCUCCAAUUGAUGAAGGUCCCAACAUGCUUCCCACCCCAGACACACAGGAUUGGAAGGUCGAUACCACUGUCCCGGAGACCAGAACCGUUGAGAUGCAGGAUGUGCCGGCACCAGAGGCACAUACUAUCCCAUCCGAGCGGGUCAGGAAAGAGCCGACUCAAACAAGUUCAGGCGAUGUGACGGAAAAGAUAGAUGCCAUUCGAGCUCCGACCCUAUCUGGCAUUCCUUCCACGUCCUUAGCUUUUCGAGGGAGCCCUGAGAAGCCACAUGCUCAACUGGCAUCACCGUCUGGCGAUUUCAACGAUACUACUUAA